AUGCUUGCCCGAAGAAUCGAUCAAUCCAGUAACCCGCAUUCGCAGUUCUUUUCGGCGUCACAGAACAUCCAACGUGGAAAACACCCUCAAGAUUCCGACUCCAUUUCACCAUACAAAAACCCAGACUCGUCUGAGUCUAUUUUAAGCGAUGAACGAUCUAUAUACAAUGCGAUCAGAGUUACCACUCCAAAUGAUUCCAGUCCUCGUUUCUAUGCGUCUCUCCUCUCUGAUAACCCAGUUCACGAGCAAGGCUUAGCGGUAAAUAUGGCCAGAUUCAUCCCUACAGAUUCACAGGAGGAUCAGACUCCUACCAGUGUUCUGGUCAGAGAAGAAAGACGACAGAGAAUGGCAGGGAAGCUUGGAAAUCACACCAAACUAUUAUCCGACCAGUACUGGCAAACCGCACACUGGUCAAGACCUCCUUUGAGUACAAAUCACUCAAACCCAUCGGUGUUAAACUCCCGUCGGCCUUCACACCGCAAGGCUGUUUCCCUCGGUGAUGGAAGUGUCUGCAGGCCUAAAUGGCCCGGGAACUUGGGACCUGCAGUAAUAACCGUCCAACCACGAUAUCCACCGCCAGAAAGAACGCCUACGCCCCCUGGCCUUCCCUCUUUCGGCACUUCAGAGGCUGUGUCCAUCUCUGCGCGGUUCAUGAUCCCAGACAACCCUGCACGGUCACACGCAAACUUGCAAGGUGGCGGUCCUGCUGGUGAUCAGCGUGGCAGUUCGUGUGGCGACACCCUGAGGAGAUUUUUUGGCUUGCUGCCUGCGUCUCAUGCUAGUGGAAUCUACGUUAACGGCAUAGGAAGAGCCGAGGAUGGCACGCUGGUACAGGGCCGAUUCCCCCAUCGACAAAGUGGCCAUGGAAUGAACAUCGGUCGACCGCUGCAGGACCACCCUUUCCAUCAACGUCUUCCCAUUGCCCGCCACGAAGCCUCGGAUACAAGCUACGAUCCUUAUGUUGAGGCUGCACAAACAAAGAGUUGUCUUGGGCGAAGCCCAAACAGACAUGUCCAGCCUUUGGCCCGGUCCCCGCCUGGACGACAUUUCCCCUUUCCAUCAGACCCAGUCCCUGCUGUGAUAAACUGCCCACUGCGGCCCAGGACCACUGCCCUUCUCACCUUGUCACGCAAUCUGGCUGGGUCAGACGGUCCUAGGAAUUCAGUUGAGCUUUCUGCACAAGGGACGAGGACGACUAGAGACCACACCCCCCCGAACCCAUCGCGGUUGCAUUCAGUUCUUACGAUGGCUGGCUGCGGCGGUGGUACAGAUGAAAACCCUCACUCAAGCAUGCCGGUCUGCCCGGGCGUUUUGGCGUGGUUGAACGUCCAGAGAUGCCUUUUCUGCUGCUGUACGGGUAGCCACGAAGAAUCAGAUGAUUCUCUUGGAGCAACGAGCUCGCGGGAAACUUAUGUCACUGCCCAGAGCCAAGUAUCACCUGCUGGAUCUCAGAAUGAGAGCAGUGCGGGGAAUGCCCGUCUCUAUGGCCUCCAGGCAUGGAUCGUAUCUCUGUAUGGCGUCAUGUUUCCGACUCUUGUGAACCCUGCCACUGUAUAA